ACGCUAGGAGAGAAGAGGGGAGACCCGCCGCCUCCCUCCCUCACUCGCUGACUUGCUCCCUCCCGGGCUGCGGCUGCAGCAGCGGCGGGGCUCAGGAGCAGUCUGGAGGCCGGCGUCGAGGAUUUGCUACUGUCUCUGCUGUUCCCUCCUCCCCACAGGGGCUCUCUCCCCUCUCCCAUCUCAAGAUGGCAGCCAGCAGCUCUGAGGUCUCUGAGAUGAAGGGGGUCGAGGAAAGUCCCAAGACCCAGGGAGAAGGACCUGGCCAUUGUGAAGCUGGAACUGGCCCUCUCCAAGUCCCAGCAGAGGUCCCAGAGCAGCCAGCCAUUCUGCAGCCAGGCCCAGACUCCACUGCAGCCCCUGUGCACUCAGGGCCCAAGGCUGGUCCAGCCCCUGAAACCACAGAGACCCCAGAUGGGGCCCCAGAAACAGUCCAGGCCACAGACCUCAGCUUAAACACAGGAGAGGAAUUAAAAAACAGCUCCAGCCCUGAAGAUACAUGCCAAGAGCCAGUAUCCAAACCAGAAGUGAACAAAGAGGCUACUGCAGAACAGGGGUCCAAGCAGGAGUCUGCAGCUCCUCCUAAGCCAGCCUCCGAGGAGCCUGCUCCCCAACUAGAACCCCAGUCAGACCCUCAGCCAGUUUCCCAGCCCUCCCCCAAACCAGCUCUUCAGCCAUCACCCCCUACCCAGGAGGACCCCACCCCUGAGGUCCUGACAGAGAAUAAGGUGGAAAAGCAAGAGAAUGGGGCAGUGGUCCCUUUGCAGGCUGGUGAUGGGGAAGAGAGCCCAGCCCCCCAACCUCACUCACCACCUUCAACAAAACCACCCCCAGCCAAUGGAGCUCCCCCCAGAGUUUUGCAGCAGCUGGUUGAGGAGGACCGAAUAGGAAGAGCUCACAGUGGGCAUCCGGGAUCUCCCCGAGGUAGCCUGAGCCGCCAUCCCAGCUCACAGUUGGCAGGGCCAGGGGUGGAAGGGGGCGAAGGUACCCAGAAACCUCGGGACUACAUCAUCCUUGCCAUCCUGUCCUGCUUCUGCCCCAUGUGGCCUGUCAACAUCGUGGCCUUCGCCUAUGCCGUCAUGUCCCGGAACAGCCUGCAGCAGGGGGACGUGGAUGGGGCCCAGCGUCUGGGCCGUGUGGCCAAGCUCUUAAGCAUCGUGGCGUUGGUGGGGGGGGUCCUCAUCAUCAUCGCCUCCUGUGUCAUCAACUUAGGCGGUGAGUGGGGGUCUGGGACAGGCAGGGGAGGAAUGGAAGGGUUGACAAGGGCAGCUUUACUAACCCCUGCCCCUGCUCUCUCCUGUCUGUCCUCCCCAAUUCUUUGUCUCUCUUUCUCCCUCCCCUGUCUCUGUCCUUUCCUCUCCUCUCCCACAGUGUAUAAGUGAGGGGCUCUGCCCUGCAUUCCAAGACUUUUCUUCCUGUUGGGAGCUGCCUUGGGCCAAUCCCUUCCCUGGGUGAAGGCCAAUUGAUGG